CGCUUCGUGUGUCUCUGCAUCUUAUGGUAUUCCUCAUCUGCUUUGACCAAUACCUCCAGCAAGACAUUCCUCAAUGCGCUUGAUGCGCCUGUUACGCUGACAUUGGUGCAAUUCUUCUUUGUUGCGGCAUGGACAGCCUUGCUCGCCCAGUUGGGCUUCAUCUUUCGGUUGGGAUUCCUAGGAACUUCGCCGAUACGGCGGAUUGAUAUGCAUGUCUGGCGAGCAACAGCGCCCAUGAGUCUAUUUGUGCUGGGCGGGCAUCUCUUUUCUAGCUUUGCAACAAGCAAGAUUCCAGUAUCAACGGUGCAUACCAUCAAGGCCCUGUCACCCAUGUUUACAGUGCUUGCGUAUUGUCUCGUCUUUCGCGUUAGCUACUCUAUCGGGACCUACAUCUCGCUGGUGCCUCUCACUAUUGGCGUUAUGCUCGCCUGCUCUAGCUCCUUUUCAACAAAUGGCAACCUCAUGGGUUUGGUCUGUGCACUCGGCAGUACACUCAUCUUUGUCUCUCAAAAUAUCUUUAGCAAGCAUGUCUUGUUUCAUGAAAAGAAUGACGAACCACCGAGCAAGCGUCUCGACAAGCUCAAUCUAUUGUUUUACAGUUCCUUCAUGGCGUUCGUCAUGAUGAUUCCAAUCUGGCUCUUGCAAGAGUACAGCAUGGUGCAUGCAGCUUCAAUUCCCUGGGAGAUUUACUCACAGCUCGUGUUCAAUGGUGCUUCUCAUGCAGCUCAGAAUGUGCUCGCCUUUACACUACUCAGUAUGGUUUCACCGGUCACCUACUCGAUUGCCUCCCUCAUCAAGCGCAUCUUUGUCAUUGUCGUUGCCAUUUUGUGGUUUGGACAACCCACCAAUCGCACACAAGCGUUUGGCAUCACGCUCACUGCACUUGGCCUGUUUCUUUAUGAUCGCGCCAAGGGUGACGUGGCACGGGGUGAGCGUCGUGUCGAAAAGAUUGAAGCAGGUGCAGCCUUACCCCUCAGCGUCUCC